AUGUCGUCCGACAGAAAAGCGGUGAUCAAAAAUGCCGAUAUGGCAGAGGUACUUCUAUUUGGCUCAUUAAUGAUCUGAAUCUUUGAUAUGAUUUCUCUUUCUUUCUGUUAUUCUGCAUCAUCAAUUAUGCGCACAAUUUGGUUUUCCUUCUGACUAAUGAUUAUAGCAGUUCAACUCACCUUCUUUUGAAAAGCAGAGAGGAUCUUUCUCUCUAAAUCAAAAAACAGGACAUGCAGCAGGACGCAAUUGAUUGCGCCAUGCAGGCGUUGGAGAAGUACAAUAUCGAAAAAGACAUCGCGGCCUUCAUCAAGAAGGAAUUCGACAAGAAGUACAACCCGGUAAUGACUAUGAUGUUUUGGUUGAUAUUUCAUGUACGAUGCUCGUUUUCAUGCUGUCAUUUACGCUGCGAUUCUACAAUUUUGAUGUUAUGAAGUACACUUCUUUGUUCUUCAGCAAUCGUCGCCUUUUUGAACCUCAAGCUGAAAAAAUUUCAACCAUGAUUCCCUCAACAGACUUGGCACUGCGUUGUUGGCCGAAACUUCGGGAGCUACGUCACACACGAGACAAAGCACUUCAUCUAUUUCUACUUGGGACAGGUACUCCACCAAAAGAACCUUUCUUGAACAAUGGGUUUUGUAAAUUUCACGUACUUGUUGUUUGAUGUUCGUUGUAGGAGACCAAAGUACAACUUCUCUUACUUUGUUAAACCACAGGUCGCAGUGCUGCUCUUCAAGAGCGGUUAGAGGAGACUGAUUAGAUUACCUCGCAGAACGAUGGAGGGAAGAAGCAAAUUAUCAGAAUGCGUAUAUUAAAGAGGAGGGACAACUGAUGUCACAACGAUGAUGAUGGAGGCGGAGAUCAUAAGUAGGCUGUGAGAUUAUUACUAAAGCAGGAUGGACUAUUAACACAACUGCUAAAAAUGUUGAGUAGGAGAAAGCAACGAAAUUCUUUCUCUUCACACGUAGUGCAAGGCAGGGCCCGAUGAAAAUCCUGCUAUUAUAAAAUCGACGCCUUAAGAAUACAUUUAGUUGUGUGGUCGUCUCUUCCUCUUAUGAGAUCUCUUCAUCUACGUCUCGAAAUUUUCAAUAUGUACUUCUACUAGUUAUCGGCAUUUAUUUUUCUUUGAACAACAGAAACACAGCGUAUAUCUUAAUUAUCAGCACUAGGUACUAGUUGUAAAAGCAACAAGAAUCCAAUAUUUCUACACUCAUUCAUCUUACAGGAACACACCAAAUUAGAACAUCAUACUUAUACGACCGCGGAACAUUUCUCACAGCGAAGAACGAAUCACCUCAACACAUUGUCUUUCAACUAUGUCUAUUAUCGAUGACUGUGAUCACUUAUUUCUACGACUGAAAAUCGUCAGCCCUGCGAUAUUGUGAAAAAAAUAUUAAAACCCAAGUGCUUGCAUCAAGUAGAUGAUAUCAUUGUCCUCUUUCUUGUAGCAGUUGAAAAAAGCGAAAAUGCUUGAAGUUUUCUACCCAUGCGGCAACCGACCGUUUGGGGAGGGACCAGUUGCGUCCUCUAGGAGCAAUUUGCAUCCUCUGCCUGUUGUGUUGACGCACGAAUUUGCUUUCAUUUACGGUCCCCAACUUCGAAACCUCAGAGGUUGUGACUGAC